UUGUCGUCGAAAUUUGAGACGAUGAAAAAGCGGCGGCUGUUGGCCCUGCCAAAGAGCCCCGAAGCUUCACAAGAACUCAAUGAGCCUCCACCGGAACAGCAGCGUGACAAGCCACCUAGUUGUGAUGUCACAGCGGCGACUGUAACACUCAAUCCAGAAGGAGAGGUAGUCAACAAUACUUCAGUGACGGACACAACUCCGCCACCAAAUUCACACAGCAUCCUCCGCCAUCUUUACGAGAAAGGCGUCGACGAAGACUGGCUGCAACUAGCAUGGAUGCGUGUUCGCGUCUCACCAAGUGACGAGUUCGAAGUGCAGCUACCGGAGGUGUCGUGUAGCCUGGUCGACUUGCUUCGACAUCCCCACAAUACUCCCCCCUCGAUCAAGCCUGCGAAAGACAUGCUGCACACAAUCAGCGCUAAUGACAAGCCAUCACCUCCUAUUUCCAAGCAGAAUUGCGAUAUCAACGAGGAUCGAGGCCGAGAAGCAUAUCUGCGCAUUCAGAAGUGGCUGCUUGGAAAGUCGGAAACCCCGAGACUUGCUGCUGCUGAUUGUCUCCGACCAUGUGACUGGGCUGUUCUCCUCGGUUUAUUCAGCUCUGCCAACGUACCCAUCUCAAAAUUUACGACCCUGAUUUCCCUGGCACCAAACGAGGGCCUAUAUGACCAGCUAUGGCAGCAUAGCGACCUCGUAGCAGCGCUUCUCCAGGACCAACUCAAGCACGACGCCAACGUUGAUGUCCUCUUAGCAGCGUGGAUGGAUUGCAAUUGGAUCGUGACGGUGCCUGCGAAAGACUUUCGCAAUAGCGUACGUCAUAUGAAGCUGAGGGACGCUCUUGGCGAUGCAACCGGGGCUCGGUUGGAGCUUGCCAUCAUUGAGUUGUUCCAUGCACAGAGGGAAAAAGCGUCGUGGGGGCAACGUCAAGCUAAAUCAUAAUGGAGAAACCCUAUGAUGCAUCAGGGUGUACUUUGCCUGUCAGCAAAUAGACUUUUUUC